AUUUCCCUUCUUUGAAGCUUUAAGCUUUUUUCUUGCUUUUUGCUGAUAACAGGCUUUGCUUCAACAUUACUCUUGAAAAUGGCUAGAACUAAAAUCAAGAGCAGCCAUUAAUGAAAGUUUUAGGUUUCUCUAAGAAUCUGUUUGGUUUUAUUGAAUCUUCAAAAAGAAACUAAGAGAAAAAGAAGCACCAAAGUUCACUCUUCCUUCUUUGUCAAUAAGUCAAAGCCAUCAACUGGUAUGAUUGGCUUCGUCGAAUGAGACGCUCUGUUUUGUAUCUUCUCACUUCCAUUGCAGAGCCAAACAGGUCAAAACUAUCUUAGAGCUUGAAAUUAUUGUAUGAUAUCCAAAACCAUGCAGGGUUAUGUAGGAAUUAUUGGAAAUGGUUUGUGGAAUAUCAGCAGUGUUGGCAUCUGACUCUGCUUUGCCAAUGUAUAUGAGAUCUCAAUCAUUAAGAUAUGUCUCAGGACAGUCUAAGCUCAAGAAUUUACAAAUCAUUUCUGACUUGUAAUGAUCCGAAAGGCAUAGUUGAUAAGAGCACUGUCAGAAGAAAGAAAGCUCCAUCAAAAAUGGAGAAAUGGAACAAAAACCGGAGAGCUAGUAAGAACUUGUAUGAAUUUUCGGAUUGUAAGUUACGAAGAGAGAGAACAGCUAUCAAAGAAGUAAGAGAUGAAAUCAGUAGUUCAUCGUCAUCUCAACUCAUGGAAGUGUCCAGAGGAGCUCAGAAGCUGAAUCGGACAAUCGAUCUGUGGUCUAAUGGGAUGAAAUAUGAUACACAAUCUGACCAAAUUGCAAGAGAUUUGUUUGAAGGAGCUCUUGAUUUGCAGCAGUCCUUGGUCAUUCUAGGGAAAUUGCAGGAAGCUUCAAGGUAUAUGACUCAGAUGAAGAAAAAUGAACGGACAGAAAGGAAAACAAAUGGGAAUAUGGGCAUGGAGAGAACAGGCUUCAACCGAAAUGAAUUUCAUAAACCCCAGCUUUCGGCAGAUUAUUCUUAUGGAGAUGGUGCUGAUGAACUAAAGAAGGUGAUUCGAGAUCACCUUGCAAGACAACUCAUCUUCCCAAAUUCAACAAACAUGGCUGAAAGAAUCAGCUUUCCUGAAAGUAGUAUGGAAAGCUCGGCUUCAGAUUUCGCAUCCACAAGCUCUAGCCAAUCUUCAAUGAUGUACAACACUGCUACAAACCCAGCAAAGAAGGGUAAUGGCAAAAAUCUAAUUGCCAAGCUAAUGGGACUAGAACCUCAAUCAAGCCAAAUGUAUGAAAAUCUACAUAAACAGUUUCUUGAUGAGAAAAUUUCAGAUCGUCAGAGGCCCGAAUUUAGCAUGGAGGUGGCAGAGACAAAGAAACCAAAGUCUGCUAUACACAAGAUAGCUCAGAAAACUUCAGAGUCUAACACCCAGCAAUCCAAAGGCAUUCUUAAACAUCCUGCAAAUGAAGUGAAUGACUAUUUCAAUUAUUCUAGCUACAGCCAUUCAAGAGAAGAGUCAACCCAUGCUGCCCAGCCUAUUGUACUUCUAAAACCUGUGCGCGUUUCACAGGUUGAAUGGGAAGAACGCCAAGCACAAGUAUUUGAGGAAGAAGAAGCAUUGAACAAGAAAAAGUUCAUGAAACUGAAGAUGAAAGAAAAGUAUCAUCAGCAAAAGAAUGACAAUAAAGUAGAAGCUUUAUGUUCCAAAAAAAUGUUUGGGUCAAUUGGGGCUGAAGAGACAGCAAUCUCAAGAAUUUAUCACAGAAAAGUAGCUCAGUACCCAAAAGAAGAAGAUUGGAAACCAAAAGAAUGUAUCAAUGUUAUCAAGCCCAAAAAAAGGACUUCACACAUUCUACUCGAUCAAAAUUUCCAGAAGAAAGAAGCAACUGAUAAGAAAGGUUUUGAAUCACGGAAAGAUAUUGUAGCUAGAAAAAAUCUACUCGUGAAAUCUAAGAUUGCGCCAAAAUUUCAGGAUGAAGUAAAGGGAUCCCUUAGCAAACUUCAACGCAAACCAAAUGUCAUAGAGGAACCUAUCCCUCAUGACUCUACUCCUACAUCAGACACUGCCCCCGAGUGCAGCCCAUUCAGCGUGAAUCAAGCAAUUGCAGAAAAGGUCAUCAACGAGGUUUUUGUAGAGAAAUCACCGGCAAUUAACUUUGGAGGCAAAAGCAAUCUUAAGAAGCCCGAUCAAACAUAUUCUCCAGCAUCCUUAUUGGAUAGGAAGGAAAAAGGCGGUAGCUCCCGAUAUCAAACAUGUGAUUACUGUAGCGAAAGCCAGAGUUCUCUCAUUCACUCAUGCCGCAAACCAGAAAGCUCGAAGUACAUAGACCAUGAAAUAUCAGUUACCAAACCUGCAUCUAGCCCGAAAACUCCGAUUUCGAUCAAUUCGCCGCCUUCCAGUCACAAGAAUGAGCUCAACCGUCUGAAUGCGAAUGGGAGUUCGAGAAUAUGGGUUUCGCCGGAGGAUUCGCCGGCGAAUGCCUGUGACGGCGUGGAAUUUUUGAGAAAUUACAGAAAAAUCAAUGAAGCAACAAACGGAAUUUUUGGUGUAAGCUGCCGGUGGCCGGUUCGAGAAUCGAUGAAAGAAGCAGAGGAAGUUGUGGAAGAUCUGGAGGAGAGAAUAUUAGUUGGAUUGAUUCAUGAGGUUUUUGCAUGAGCUUUGUUUGUUCUUCAUCUUCAACUUCUCACUUUUUUUUUCAAUUAAGAUAUUUUAUCAAUUUGUAUAAUAAAAUAUAGGUUUAAAUUGUUGUUUUUAAAUAUAGAAAAAUGGAUUAAAAUAUUUGAAAAAAUAUGUUAUUUUUAUUUUUUAA